GCUCCAGGAGGGCCCCGCGGCCCCGGCCCGAGCCCCCCGCCCGCCGCCAUGGGCGCCGCGGCCCUGCGCGCCCUGCCCUGGGCGCUGCUGCUGCUGGGGCCGCUGCUGCCCGGCCAGGUCCUGCAGGCCAACCCCAUGCUCACCUCCGAGGGCCAGCCCGCCCCGCUGCCCGGCGGCGACAUCCCGGGCUUCACCCCCGCGCCCCCCGCCGCCCCUGAGGAGAUCCACCCGCUCAAGGAGCAGCCGGCCAACGGCUCGGGAGAGGGGCACACCAAGCACCGCAAAGCCUUCCCGGUCAUCGGCGUCGACUACACGCACGUCCGCAUCCCCUUCGAGAUCUCGCUGUGGAUCCUCCUGGCCUGCCUCAUGAAGCUGGGCUUCCAYGUGAUCCCAUCAGUGUCCAGCAUCGUUCCCGAGAGCUGCCUGCUCAUCGUGGUGGGCCUUCUAGUCGGGGGCCUCAUCAAAGGAGUGGGUGAAAAACCCCCCAUCCUCAAGUCAGACAUCUUCUUCCUGUUCCUGCUGCCCCCCAUCAUCCUGGAYGCCGGCUACUUCCUGCCCUUGCGCCAGUUCACCGAGAACCUGGGCACCAUCCUCAUCUUCGCCGUGGUGGGCACGCUCUGGAACGCCUUUUUCCUGGGGGGGCUCCUGUACGCCGUGUGCCAGCUGGGCGGCUCCGGCCUCAACCACAUCGGCCUCCUGGCCAACCUGCUCUUCGGCAGCAUCAUCUCGGCCGUGGACCCCGUGGCCGUGCUGGCCGUGUUCGAGGAGAUCCACAUCAACGAGCUGCUGCACAUCCUGGUCUUCGGGGAGUCCCUGCUCAAUGAUGCUGUCACUGUUGUUCUCUACCACCUCUUUGAGGAGUUUGCCAGCUUUGAGCAGGUCACCAUCCUCGACAUCAUCCUCGGCUUCCUCAGCUUCUUCGUGGUGUCUCUGGGCGGGGUCUUGGUGGGCGUCAUUUACGGGGUGAUCGCCGCCUUCACGUCCCGCUUCACCUCCCACAUCCGCGUCAUCGAGCCCCUCUUCGUGUUCCUCUACAGCUACAUGGCCUACCUGUCUGCUGAGCUCUUCCACCUGUCGGGCAUCAUGGCGCUCAUCGCCUCUGGCGUGGUCAUGCGGCCCUAUGUGGAGGCCAACAUCUCCCACAAGUCCCACACCACCAUCAAGUAUUUCCUCAAGAUGUGGAGCAGUGUGAGCGAGACCCUCAUCUUCAUCUUCCUGGGGGUCUCCACCGUGGCUGGUCACCACUACUGGAACUGGACCUUUGUCAUCAGCACGCUGAUCUUCUGCCUCGUUGCCAGAGUGCUGGGUGUCCUGGUCCUCACCUGGUUCAUCAACAAGUUCCGAAUCGUGAAGCUGACACCAAAGGACCAGUUCAUCAUCGCCUACGGGGGCCUGCGGGGAGCCAUCGCCUUCUCCCUGGGCUACCUCCUGGACUACAAACACUUUGGCAUGAGGGACAUGUUCCUCACUGCCAUCAUCACUGUCAUCUUCUUCACCGUCUUUGUGCAGGGCAUGACCAUCCGGCCCCUGGUGGAUCUGCUGGCUGUGAAGAAGAAGCAGGAGACCAAGCGCUCCAUCAACGAGGAGAUCCACACGCAGUUCUUGGAUCACCUUCUGACGGGGAUCGAGGAUAUCUGUGGUCACUACGGCCAUCACCACUGGAAGGACAAGUGAGUGGGGAGGUUUGGUGGCUGGGG